GGGCGAGGCCAGGGAGGGGCCUGGAGGCCGGCGGUCUCGGCCUCGGUGGGAGACCGGGUGGGAGGAGCGGCGGUGACGUGCAGGUAACUGCGCCCCGGCCGGGCGUGCAGUGCCCCCGGCCCGCGCCCCCUUCUGUUGCUUCACCGCGCGCACGUGGCAAAUACGGGCGUGGCGUUCUCCUGUCCUCUCCCUGCGGUGUCAGGUCUCCGCGUGAGUCUCUCGCGUCCUAUCCUGGCCAGGUCGGGCCGCUCCGGGGGCUGCAGGGUCCGUGGGAACCCGGUGGGCAGAGGCGAUCUGCCCCGGGCCCGGCAGCACCUGCUUGCUGCAGACACAGACCGUGAGCUCGAGGACUCUGGUGUCCUGUUUCCCUUGACCUUGAGGACCUGGGAAGGUCACAUACGCCAUGGCUAUGACUAGUGUCCGAUUGCCCAGCAGCGUUUUAAGAAAGCCAGAGGCCUGGAUCGGACUCUGUGGAGCGCUACGAGGGACACCUUCACACAAGCGCUGUGCAUCCUUGAACCGAUACAUCUGUUUUUCUAGUACCAAGUUAAAUGCAUCAAAUUAUAAAACUCUUUUCUAUAACAUUUUCUCACUGAGAUUCCCAGGGCUUUUAAUAUCUCCAGAAUAUAUUUUCCCAUUUUCAACAAGACUCAAAAGUAAUAUAAACUCUAAAAAGUCUGCUGAAAAGGCUCUGCAAAAAGUAGAAGAUGAAGGGGACUCUGAUGAAGGGAGUGAUCAUAACGAGAUGAGUGAGCAGGAGGAGGAGCUGGAGGACGAUCCCAGCGUAGUGAAAGACUACAAAGACCUGGACAAAGUAGUGCAGUCUUUUCGGUAUGAUGUCAUCCUGAAGACAGGCCUAGAUGUUGGAAGAAACAAAGUGGAAGAUGCAUUCUACAAAGGCGAACUCAGGCUGAAUGGGGAAAAAUUGUGGAAGAAAAGCAGAACGGUAAAAGUGGGAGAUACAUUGGAUCUUCUCAUUGAAGAUGAUAAAGCAGCAGAAACAGAGACAGUGAUGCGGAUUCUCCUGAAGAAAGUGCUUGAAGAGAAGACUGACAGUGAGAAAUACAGAGUGGUGUUACGGCGGUGGAAAAAGUUAAAACUGCCUAAAAAGAGUAUGCCCAAAUAAAUGGAUUGCUUUUUAAAAGUGAUAAAGCUGCUUUCUAGUGGUGGGGAAGGGCCCAGAUUAAAAAGAGGACUUGUUCAUUAAAGUUCACCUAUGAUUUGUGGA